CGUAGAGAAGGUCCCAGGGGUGUUCAUUUCUCGUCUGGUACGUGGGGGGCUCGCAGAAUGCACAGGGCUGCUGGGAGUCAAUGACGAGAUACUCGAGGUCAACGGCAUCGAUGUAGCUGGGAAAUCUUUAGAUCAGGUUACAGACAUGAUGGUGGCCAACAGUCACAACCUCAUAGUGACCGUCAAACCGGCCAACCAGAAGAACAACGUGGUGCAUCGUGGGAGUAGAACCUCAAUGGGCAACUCUGGUUCUGUGGGCUCAGCUGGAUCUGCCGGCUCCGCCCUGUCACAUGACUCACCAAGCCCCGCCUCCCAGAGCAACCCCAUCACAGCGAGCAACAGCAUCGCCGAGGGCGACAGUGAUGACGACGAUGACGAAGGCGACCUCAUCUUAGAGAAUGACAGCCUGACACUGUACGACUCCAGCCGGGUAACCAACAGCAACAACACUAACCUCAACAGAGACUCACCUAGCAACAGGCCCUUCCCACAGAGCGUCUCAUUGCCCAAUAGCGUUGGGGCUUCCCUGAGCGACAGCUCCGUCUUGAUGUCCAAUCACAACGGAAACCCCGCCCACACAUCUAGUAGCAGUCAGGAGAGCAUGCGAGAGGACGGCAACAUAAUAACACUGUAACCAUGGCAAAACUGAACGCUACAUUAACAGUCAGGACUAUGAGGGGCUGUAACCAUGACAACUACAGAUGGCUGUGCUCCAGUCAGACUCAGCAGGACAGACGGCUCUGCCACACGUUGCCGGGGUUACUGUCAGGUUCAUCAUUUAUUGAUUAAAUGCUAACGUGUAUGAACUGAUCACUGUAGAUUUAUAGAGAGCAACUUGAUUGAACAUUGAAAUGCUCCUGUAAAAGCCAUAAGUCAGUUUGAUGUCUUAAAGAAAUCAUGUCAUAUCCAAAAUUGCUUGUGAAGUACUCGAUCUGAAACAUCACCAUCCACUGCAGGAUGUCUGACUCGUUCACCAUGAAGAGAACAUUAUGAAGUUAAACAUGAAGGGCUCUUUUUGCUUGUCAGCACAACGACCAGUGCAAGCAGCGCUCGGACAGUUUGUGUUUCCUGUCGGCUGCCAAUCUAGGGUGUCAUUGACAUGAGCAAAAUACAUAUUUGCAGCAAUUGCACAACAAUAAUGGAGUUAUAAUUAAAAAAUGUAACAACCACUUGCUUUUUCAACAUUGUAAAAUGAAAGUUUAAUGUGGAUAAAGCAGGAGCAUUGAUCUAGAAAUGAAAAAACUGUAAGUCUCUUUCUUCUUCAGUAUGUUUUAUACUGUGUGCAAGGUUUCUUCUUCGGGUCUUUAAAUCCCUACAGACACCUGAAGGCAGCACGACUCAUGUUGAUAGAUCUGCAGCCUCUACAGCUGUUUUGGAGGCAAUGAUGUGAUUGGCUGAGAGCGUAUUUAUUAAAUGCAUAUUAAGAGAAUAUCAUCCCACCCAUACAUUUAUAUUCCACUACAGACUGCGCCUACAUGAAGCAGAGGUGGAGACGCCACACACUGACCUGUAGCUCUGCACUGGUUGUUGCAAUUGUAAUAUUAAAAUAGCGCCCAAGUUGUAUUAUAAAACAUUAAAACAACAAAAUAUAUUGAAGACAAAUUCAAUGCGUUGAACGUUUUUAAAAAGGGAUUUGAUGAUAUUUGCAAUACUUUAAAAAUGUAGAUUUUGUAUAAACUAAAUCAGUCCAAUCAGUCUCAUUGGUUUCAAGGCUUUUUAUAUACUUUAAAAAUAAAUGUUUAUACAAAAAUUAACAUAAAACAACAUUAUUUAAUAAGGUUGGUCAGUUCUUCGAUAUUGUUUGGCUAAGAUUUUUCUCUUUGCAAAUAUGGGAACGCAAUCACUGUGAAUCACAUUUAUUAUCAUUAUUCAGAUUUACAAAUCAUCUCGUCAACAGUUGUUCUGAUAGGAUGUGCAUAAGAUGGAAAAGAUUGUUAAAUGGAGGGUGUAGAUACACAGUUAAUAUUCUUUAUGGACACACACACUGUUAACUGUGUGUGUGUGCAUGAGGCCUUGUCUUUGUAGCUGGAGCUCUGGGGAUAUUGCCUUACAGUCAGAAAUGUGGGCAAACAGCUCUUUCUGCUUCACAUUCUGCCUCCAAUGACAGCAACAUGUUUUUGUCUGACUGUCAAACUGAGUCAUUGUCAUGGUUUUGUUUAUGAAAUAAAAUCAGCUAUAUGAUGCAA